AUGAACAAAUCACCUUCUCUUCGUUCAGUUAAGCUUAUUUAUAAUUAUGAUUACUCGAACAUAUCAACUUAUACUUCAAUUUCUUCAAAUAUUAAAUCACUUGAAUUGUUAAUAUCUGACUCGCCAAAUAAAAUAUCAGUUUAUUCAAUUUUGCCAAUUCUUCGUGUUUGUCAUAGAAUACGAUAUCUACAUGCCAUAAUAAAACAUGAAAUUUCUUCUCAAAAUAAUAAUUUCAAUGUUUUAUUUGAAGAACCAUUUAUUAAUGAAAAUGAUCUUCCUAUAUCACCACAAGUGACAUCCUUCGAUUUAUCAAUUUUUGCACAAUGUGACAUUCGUUCAAUCGCUUGUAUCUUACGUUGUAUGCCUAAUCUUAUUCAUUUUAAGUUUCUUCAUGGGAUACGAGAAGUUUCCUUGUCAUUUCUUAAUGAUUUGGUCAAUGGUUAUACAUGGCAACAUAUGUUCGAAAUACAUGUUCCAUUAUUAUCUAAAUUUGAUUUUCAUAUGUUAAUUGAGAAUAAAUAUAGAAAAUUGAAUUUAGAUAUGGUGGUAAAUUCAUUCCAAUAUUUUGUUAAGAUAUAUCCAAAAUGGCACAUGAUUAUUGAUCGAUGGACACCGGAUAACACAAGUAUACUGAAUUCUGUUCAAUCAAAUGAUAAUGAUGAUUCACAGCAAUAUGUUACUUCUCUUUCACAGCAACGUGUUACUUCUCUUUCACAUAUUGUUCAUUUACCGAAUGUAAAUCAAAUUAACUUUGAGCCAUGGAUUAAUGUAGGUCAAGGAAAAGAUAUUCAAUUUAUUCUACAAGCAUGUCCAAAUGUGUUUGAUCUUCAAAUAACUCCUACAAAUUUGGUUUCAUCAAAAUUCAUCGAUAAUCGAUCUCUUUUUUCAAUUUUCAAACAAAUUAAAAUACUCAACGCAGUGGCGGAAGAUCAUUGUGUUGCUCCAAGUUUUCUAUCGAAACUUGUUCAACGUUUUCCAUCACUUACUGAUAUUGAACUUCAUGUGCUUUCAUUCGAUGAUUUUAUAUGUGUUAUUGAUAUAUUACUUAGUCAUCUAAAACAUUUGUCUUAUCUUAAAAUUUAUUAUAUUAAUAUUUCAUCAUUUGAUCAUCCUUUUUCACGUAGUUACAUUAUUGAUAAACGUCGUCAAGCUUUUGGUUUUAAUAUUAUCGAUGAACAUAAGAUUACAGUUAGCAAGAAUGAAGAAUCUGUAGAAAUUAGAUUAUCAUGA